GCUAGCUUCUAGAGGUAUCGCCAUCCUCAGAGCGGCCCGAUUCUGAGCACCCAGGUCGAGGCGUAGUCGGCCCUUGUCGACCUCAUCGCCGGGAUAUCACCUGGGCAGGCCAUUCAACGCCCAGGUCCUUUACAUUCACGAGCUGGUGUUUACUUCCCGUGGCGUAGCAUUGGCCCUCACCAGCGCUUCCAGCUCCGCUCCCAACUCCGCCCAUCUGGCCGGCUGUCGAUUGACCGAGGAAUAUCGCCGGCGUAACCGUAGAUUCGGCCCUACCCGUUUUCUCGGCGCAGGGUCGUAUGAGCUGUCCAGAGGAGGCAUAGGGCAGUGGCGUCACGAUAUCCACGAGAAGACUUGAUUUUAGCUAUAAUAAGAGCGACGGAACGAUGGAGAUCUUGCAGGUCGAGAGUUUGGGAUUCGCCCUCAGCAACAGCAGCUCACUCAUCCAGCCCAUCAUGCAAGGCUUCACUUCUCUAUUCCUCCUAGGCAGCUUCGCCUUUCAGACGAUUUUCGGCUUGCCUAGUGCUUCCCGGUCGCGAAGAGAAGCCGCACUUCUAAGGAGAUCGGUUGACGAUUUCAUAGCUACCGAAGAGCCCAUCGCUCUCGAGCAACUCUUGUGUAAUAUCGGAUCGACGGGAUGCCACGCUCAGGGAGUGAGCUCAGGCAUCGUGAUUGCCUCCCCGUCCACCUCGGAUCCCGAUUAUUUCUAUACGUGGACUCGAGAUGCUGCCCUGGUUUUUAAGGCCGUAAUCGACAGAUUUGUCAACAAGUACGACGCUUCGCUGCAAAUCGAGAUACAAAACUUCAUUGCUUCCCAGGCCAAACUUCAGACUGUAACAAACCCGUCGGGUGCCCUGUCGGACGGGAGAGGCCUGGGCGAAGCUAAAUACCAUGUCGAUCUCAGUGCCUACACCGGCGGCUGGGGCCGUCCGCAACGCGAUGGGCCUGCUCUCCGUGCCAUCGCAUUGAUCGCCUACUCCAAGUGGCUAGUUGCAAACGGCUACAACUCCACUGCGUUGAACGUUGUUUGGCCCGUAAUUCGUAACGACCUCGCUUAUGUGGCACAUUACUGGAACCAAACCGGCUUCGACCUCUGGGAAGAGGUGAGCGGAAGCUCCUUCUUCACCGUCGCUGCUCAGCAUCGAGCUCUCGUCGAAGGCGGUGCCUUGGCACGGGCUCUCGGCACCAGCUACGCUACCUAUGAUGCUAUUGCACCUCAUGUUUUAUGCUUCUUGCAGACGUUCUGGUCGCCGUCCAGCGGGUAUACUCUAGCCAACACCAACGUCAAUAACGGAAGAUCCGCCAAAGACGCCAACGUUAUCCUUGGAUCGAUACACACUUUCGAUCCCGAGCUUGGUUGUGAUGCGGCGACAUUCCAGCCAUGCAGCGACCGGGCUCUAGCCAGCCACAAGGUCCUGAUAGACUCGUUUCGCUCCAUCUACACCAUUAACUCGGGAAUUCCCGCCGGGUUUCCCGUCGCGGUCGGACGGUACCCCGAAGAUACAUACUUCAAUGGCAAUCCGUGGUAUCUAAACACCCUCGCAGCCGCAGAACAGCUUUAUGACGCUCUCUAUGUUUGGCAAGCGCAAGGGUCCAUAACUGUCACCUCCACUUCGCUCGCAUUCUUCCGAGAUCUCUACUCAUCUGCGUCGACUGGGACGUACGAGGCUGGCUCGGAGACCUACACCGCGCUGUACAACGCAGUAUUUGCUUAUGCUGACGGCUUUGUGAAUGUCGUUGAGAGGUACGCUCAGAGUAAUGGGUCCUUGGCUGAGCAAUUCGACCGCAACAACGGGUCGCCACUGUCAGCUCGGGAUCUCACUUGGUCAUACGCGGCCUUUUUGACCGCGGCUGCGAGUCGACACGGGAUAGUUCCAGCUGGCUGGGCCGGAGCGGGCUCAACCGCAACCUCCGUGCCGGCUGUCUGCAGAGCAACGUCCCAAGUUGGAACGUACUCGACGGCGACGCUCACGACAUUCCCAUCCAACCAAACCCCGAUCACCAGCUCCGUACCGACUAAUACGUUCACACGUCCUACAGUAACCGUCACAACUCCUAUUCCUUCUUGCACCCCUGUCACAUCCGUUGCCGUAACAUUUAACGAACUGAAAACCACCAUUUACGGGCAGACAGUCAAGAUCGUCGGCGAUAUCGCUGCUCUCGGAAACUGGGACACGAGUAGGGCGAUAGCCCUCAGCGCUUCCUCGUACACGUCGAGCAACCCUCUCUGGCAAGUAACGAUCACUCUGCCGGCUGGGCAGGCGAUUCAGUACAAAUACAUUGUCGUCAAUACUGACGGCUCGAUAACCUGGGAGGCGGACCCGAAUCAUUUCUGGAACGUACCUACGGGAUGUUCCGCCACGGCGACCAAGUCGGAUUCGUGGCAGGGAUAAGCACAGCGCACACGCGGUUGUAAUAUGUAUUGGGGGUAGGUUUAACUCGAAGGUCGGGAGAAGAUCGAUAAAUUGCUGUUGUGGGACGCGAGUAGGUGUAUGUAUGGGCACCUAGUGAGGGGAGGAGAAAGGGGUCUAGAAUGAUGAUCCCCUAGAAGCAUAUUAAC